AUGUUUCAGUCAUGUGGCUGUGCAUCUCCACCAGCCACAACGCCAGACAAUACCGUACCAUACCAUACCAUACCACACGGUACCCCGAAUACGACUGUAACCUGGUCUUUUUUCAAGGAUCGCACCCUUUUCCCCCUCUUCUUCAACUUCUAUCAUCACUUUCACUCUUUCUUUGGCUUCCCUUCGAUCCCUCUUUAUCUUUCUUCUCUUUGGUAUAUUCUCUUUGAGCCCGUCUGUAUCCUCAUACUUUCAUUUGUUUAUCUCCUGCAUUCCCAGCCCGACCGGGAAUUCAUCUCAAAAGACGCUGUGUGA